UAAUGCCAUCAACUAUUGAAUUGCUUAAGUGGUCAAAUCUAAUUUCCUCGAUCAUGUUGAUAUUGAUUGGAGUUACAUAAAUCAUAUCUUUAUCAAUCCUUUUUUCGAGUUUUAGUUUUAGUUUCUUCAUGUCAUUUUUUUUGCCAUUUUUUUUAAUGUAAGUUUACAUAUCAUAAUAUUUAGAUUAUUUGGAAUCAUGUUAUUUGCAAGUGGAUAAAAGAUGGAAUUUAUGGACAAUAAUUUCAAAUUUUUGAGUUCUCUAUUAGGAAGAGGCCUAUUUAAUAUUUAGUAUUAAAAAAAAUCUUAAAAAUUUAAGUCUAGCAUCUUUGGCUGUUUAUUAAUUAGCAAAUGCAGCAAGUGACAUAAUUGGAUUCAUUAUUGGAGCAAUGCUAUUUUGCACAGGAGUAUUUUAUUUAAUUUUGCAUUUUUGUGGAGUAAUAAAUACAUAAUAUAUAUUUUAUUAGAAUAAGGAAGAAUUAACAUCAUACAAACAAUAAUUAGGUUGAU